CUCAUCUGAUCAAAUAGGUUGCUGGCUGUGGUGUGGAUCAGGGACACUGCUGCUACCUUGGCUUUGCCCUGGAGCCCAUGGAGCUGAGACCUGACACCAGCCACAAGGAGAAUGUGUCCCCGGGGCCUGCGACCCCCCUGAGGCCAGAGCAACAGAGACUCCGGAAGAGCCUGGGUGUCCUCCUGGGAAGUGGACAUGGCCCAUGGGGGCCCAGGGGCCAGGCUGAGAGGGGAGCACCUGCCACCACAACCUCCCCAGGGCCCUGCCGAGUCCAGAGCAACCUGACCAGCCCCCGCCCCCGCCGGGGCCUUGCCCUAAAGGACAGGACUGACCGGCUCAUCAACUCAAGCUUUCAGCAGCAGAGCAACCUACAGCCCCCGGGAGCCCUCCCCCAGGGGGCAUCCGGAGCAUUUGCUGUCCAGCAGAGUAACCUGAGCAUGCGGGAGGCCAGCUGGGCUGAGUGUGCUAGUCGCAGCAGCCCCCGCCCCUGGUUGGAGCCUCAGGAAAGCUGGCCUCCUGUGAUGCCCCAGGGAAGCCCUCUACCCGGAGGGCCACAGCCUCGCCCAUCCUUCACCCUGACGCAGUCCCAGCUGCUGGCCACAGACUCACCCAGCCCGGGCUUCAGGCCCACUGCUAGCUAUGCCCCUGUCGUUGGGCACACAUGGCCAGACCCCAGAUCCUGGUGUGGCCUGGGGAACUGGACCUCCAGGCUCACAGGGGAACCCCUCACCCUGGAGGACCUGGCUAACCCUGCCAAGAACCAGGCUUGGGCCCCAUCCCAGGCUGCCAUCUCCCAGCUGCUGGCCUCCGUGCAAGGCCUGGAGCACGAGGCAGCCCGCCUCAGGUGCCUGGUGACCCAGGAGCCCCCAGGCCCUUUGCAGCAGGAACCCUGGACCGGUGAUGGCCAGGCCCGCCUUGCUUGCCCCCAGCCCAGCCAGCCUGUUCUUGCUUCCUGGGACAAGAGGAAGAAACGGCCCCGAGGUCUCAGGGGAGCUGUGAGUUUCCCAGAGACACCAGGGGUCCAGGUGGGUCUCUCAGACUCUCAGGCAAGCCACAAGCCCGCACUGCCACCGGAGACCGCUUUGGAGGUGCUGACUGGGGAUUCCCCUGACCCUGAGCAGGGGGUCCUUCCUGCCUGCAUCCUAAGGCGAGGAGAGGGGCCUGCAUACAGCAGGGGGCGGAGGAGGGACCCCCUGCUCCCUCAAGAGGUGGGCAGCAGAGGGGCCAGACCCCUCUCCUCCACGUUCCCCAGAGCAGCGCUGGGUGGCCUUCCCCGGCAGGAAGCAGAGGAGAAGGCCCCGAGGGAGCAGGUCAGCAGGGAGGAAGAGAGGAGUCUGGGGGUGGGAUUUUGGGGGGCUUCAGGGGGCUGCUGCCUCCCCCAGGAAUUCUCACUCCAAGCUAGCCAGACUUGUCACUACCCUGUCACACCCUCUUCCCUCGGAAAGGGAGGUCUUGGCGGGCAGGCCUGGCAGGGGUGUCCUGUCCGGCUUGCUUCUUGGCCUGACUGCCUAAUCCCUCUGUUUUCCAAGAACAAAGUCGGAAGUGUGAGCCUGGAGCCCAAGACAGCCUGCCGGCAGCUGCUAUCCAGAUGUUUCAGAGCCUGGCAGCACUUGGUGCGGAGGCAGCGGGCAGUGGCCAUGGCCGUGGCCCUGGGCCGCCGGCAGCUGUUGCGCAGGGGUCUGCAGGCACUGCGCUGGGCACUGUGGCUCCGGGAGGCCCAGCUGGAAGUGGCAUGGGGCCGACACACGAGGGCCCUUCUGGCCCGGAGCUUCCAAAAGUGGAGAGGCCUGACUCAGCAGCAGAAACAAGGGGAGCCCCACAUCCAGGCUGGGCCAGGGCCCCCACCCUCUGGGGGAGGCCACGGCCAAGACCCCUCAGGAAGGAAGCCAGUGGUGGACCCUGCCCAGAGAAGCAGCCCCCUCCCUGGAACGGACCGCCUGGAAGAGAACGGGGUGGCUCGGUGCCCCUUUGCCGCUGUGGGCCGGCAGCAUCCCCCCUGGGCUGGGCUGGACAGGUGGAUCGUGUGCCCUCACUCGGCCCUGGGCAUCAUUUUCUCUCUGGGCAACUUCACUGUCAGUCCAGGGAGUCUGAGGGAGGAGGCAGGAGCCCGGUCGAUGCCAUCGCGUUUUGGGCCGAGACCAGAUGGAGGAGACAGGAGAGUCCAGACCCUGCAGGCUCUGCAACAACUGGCUGUCUUCCUCCGGUGGUGCCACCAGAAGGAAAGGGCUGGGCAGGAGAAGGGGGUCCAGAGAGAGGUCUCCUGGGCCAUGCUGAGGACUCAGAGCAUGGGGAGGCCCCCCCAGGCCUGGUGCUCUCCUGCCACAGAUGCAGCCUGGGCAGCCCCACUGGACCCCCAGCACCAGAGAGCCUGGCUCCGCAGGUGCUUCUGGGCCUGGCAGCAGUUGGUGAAAAGAGGGGCCCAGUAUCGGGCUCACCUGACCGACCGCCAGAUGGGAACCCUGAGGAUGUGCCUGGAACAGUGGGUGUGGAUGAAGCACCUCCGGGCUUCGGAAGGGGCAAAGGUGACUCAGCUGUCCCUCUGCCAGCAGAAGGAAGGGUUGUGGUCCCUGCUCCCGGGAUGCUCCUGGGGGAAAAUGGCCCUCUGCAGCUCAGCUCAUGGAGGGACCACAUGCCAUGGCCUGGGAUGGGUGGCUCAGGCCCAGGGGCUGCCCCAGGAGCGAGGCCGGGGCUCCCCACAGGAAGCCUGCCCUCCGCUGGCCCUCCGCUGGGUGCUGCUGCUCUGGAGGGCGAGGCUGUCCCAGCGCCGGCGGGCCAACUCCUUCUUCCAGGGUAUGCAGCAGCGGAUGCUAAGGCGCACCCUGAGGGCGUGGCACUUGAGGGUGUGGGGUCCAGGCACCCGCUCAGACAGUGCCAGGCCCACCCCAGGCCCAGAACCGCUGGGCAGGCUACCGGGAGGAGCGGCCUCGCUGGGCUGGAGCACACCCCGCAGCUCACUGGAGAAGGCUUCCAGGGCCCCCGCCCACCUGGAGACCCUUCGGCUGCGCCUCCUGUGGGCAGCUGGGCAGCAGCAGCCACAGGCUCCGCAGUCCCAGAGUGCGGCAAGGUGGCACCAGUGCGCCCUUCAGAGGCGCAUCUUCCUCAGCUGGAGCCACUGGGCAGUGGCCCAAGGGGCCCAGAGAGAGUUGGCUGCCCGCUGGGCCUGGGACCAGAGCUGCAGGGCUGUGAUGAGCCUGUGGCGGCGGCGACUCAAGCAGCGGCGGGAGGCAGAACAGUGGGCCCAGGAGCGGGGCCGGAGACGGGUGCGAGACGCCCUGCAGCACUGGCACUCCUGCUGGCAGAGGCAGCAGUUCCUGCAUGAACGGUACCAGAGGUGGGUGCACGCUCACCGCCAGGGCCUGCGCAGGGCUGCGUUCCAGAGCUGGCAGCAGGCGGCCGGCAGGCGGAGGCACAGGGCAGCCGGGCCAGAGCAGCUCCUCCUGCAGAGCCAUUUCCAGGCCUGGUGCAGAUCUGUGAGACACACAGGGAUGCUCCGGGCUCAAUGUCGAGCCUUCCAGGAUGACCUGAGGAGCCGGGCACUGGGGGCCGCAUUUGGCACAUGGCGGGAAGCCCAAGUGGCCUCAGCCCGGGCACAGGAGCAUUGUGUGGCCCAGGCCUCCAUUGCUUGCUGGAGAAGCCACGUGCAGGGGGGCUGGACAGACAGGCAGCUGAGGAGGGCCCAGACCCAGCAGACCUUUGCGGCAUGGCAAGUGGCCCUGGGCCAGCCCUGUGAGGCUCACCAGCAGGCAGAAGAGAGAGCUUGGGCCCAGACCCGGGUGGCCCUGUGCUGGACACAGUGGGUACAUGAGUCCCACCUACACCGGCUCAGCCGAGCCCACGCUGCCCAGAAGCUGAGCGCCAGGGUCCUAGAGGCCUGGGCCCAGCUGGUGGCCCAGGGUCGUGUCCAGCACGUCACCAUCACCCAGUUCCAGCACAGUCACCUGCUGCGGACCCACUGGGCCCAGUGGCAGACAGCGCUGCUCAGAGUGCGGCUGGAACCGCCGACAGAGGCCCAGGAGACCAGCGCAGCCCACCCCAGGGCCUGGGCCGGCCUCACGCACUGGCCCAGGCUGGCCGGCAGAGGGCGCCUCCUGGUGCUGAUGGACGGGGCAGCCCCGCGGGUGCAGACACGCAGCUGCAGGCCACAGGGCCCGGGGCCCGUGCUGCCCAGCCCGACGCAGCUGCACGGCCUCGGUGGGCAGAGGAAGCGGACAGAAACGUCCUGGGCUCCGAGGGCUUGUCUGGGCUGUGGCCAGGGCUGGGCCUCUCUGGCCAGUGCUCGUCCCUGCAGGAUCCUGGAGGAGCUGAACCAGGCCCACAGCUCGGCCCUUUUUUUGGCCUUGAAUGGGGGUCAUGAUGCUCUUGACCGUUGCACUGCUUCAUCGGUUCCAGGGCUCCCAGCAGGCCAGGCACCUGGCAGCGACAUGGCAGUGCUGGGUAGAUGCUCAGGGGGCAGAGGAGCUGGGGCGGUCGCUGCUGUCCCCACAGCUCAGGCAGUGGCACCUGAGAAGGGCCUGGCGAAUGUGGCGGCGACAGGUUGUGCGGCUGCAGGUGGCUCAGCGAUUACAGCGACGAGACCAGGGCUGGGUCCUUUCUCAGGUACUGGUGGGGCAGCCCCUAACCCCCAGCAGGCCCUUCUAAAACCAGCUCUGGACGUUUCUGAGCUGCAGGUCCUCCCUGCUUGCCACCCAGGACCCCUUCACAUUCAGGGGAGGGUCAGUUUGGGUAGAGAAACAGCUUGGGUUCUGGAACCCUCGAUAGAGCUGGUAGCUAUGUGCUCGGCCUGGUCCUGCCCAGCACUCAGACUGGGAGCAAGUUGGGCCAGUGACACAGCUGACUCACACGGCCAGUGCAGGGUAGCCUUUGAGAAGUGGCACGAGAACCUGGCAGCCAGGGGCCCGAGAGGAGCCACCAGCAGCCUGAGGCCCCUGAGUAAGGUGGGCAGCAGGAGCCCUGGGAGCUGGCUGGAAACUGUCCGAGCCCCUGCGUGUGGUGGACUCCAGGUGGCGUAGGGCCCAGCAUAGCUGUGACUUGUUGCCAUGGAAAGAAAAUCAGAACUGGGCCCAGCCUUCCCAGGGAGUACAGGCUGUCGGGCGCUCAUCCAGCAGCCUGGCCAUGGAGGGAGGAGCUCUGGGAGCUCUGAAUGAAUAAAUAAAAUGCUCUCCUUAGUCCCA